GCUUUCGCUUUCUUCCAGCUGGCAGCCGGCGGCGGCGCGGCUAUGGAGAACGGUUCCGUCUACAACGAGACGACCGAGCCGCAGGUCAAGUCGCCCCGCCGCCCUUUCGGCUGCACCCUGCGGCACCUGUGGGGAUGGCGGCUGCCGACCAAAGCGCUCCAAGCGAUUCUCUCUCUCCUGGCUGUUAUUUGUGAAGAAGUUGUGGAGGAUUGUAUCAAGUGUAGUGGACUUUACUUCUUUGAAUUCACAAGCUGCAGUGCCUUUCUUUUGAGCCUCCUGAUCCUGUGUGUGUAUUGCACUGAUGUAUAUGAAACAUGUGGGGAAGAUAAAGUACAGAGAGUGAAUUUUUGGGCCAUGCCAACCAUAGGUGCCUUUUUUCUGUUAGCGUCUAUAGUGCUUGCUGCGACCAGCGCUGAGUCUGCUGUUGAAAAAGCUGCAUGUACAUUUGGAUUUCUUGCAAGUGCUGCAUUUUUAUCUGAAACUAUGAUAGAGUAUUUUCACAGUCGGAAACAAAACGUAAACAGACGCUCUGAAAAUCCUGGCAACACUCAGUGUGCCACAGAAGAUCAGCCACUGAAUAAACAAAGCUAAUUUUCUGGAAUUAUUUCUUUUUUUUUUUUUUUUAACGGAGCAAACUAAAUUGAACUUUCAGUGCACUGUAGGUAACAGCUUCUGUCUCUUCCUUUUAAUCAAUUUUGUACACAUUGCUCAUCACAAAUUUUUAUAGAUUCUUAGGUCAAGUAAUGGCAUCUUGGGCAUCAUGUUCUAAGGUCCAGCCACCUGUCUGGGUGACAUACACUAAAAAACCCUUGUGUCUAAAUAGAAUAACUUAAGGACAACAAUGUGCCGAUUAGGUUUUGACAGAGGUGACUAAUAAAGGUUAAUGUUUGAUUAAUAAAUUCUGAGCUAUAGCCUAAAGAUAUUUUCUCUAUAAAUGGACCAGAUACUUUGUUACAAGUUAUAAAAUAGUACAGCAGAGUUCAUUUUUGUACUUACUGGUCAAACUGUGAAUGUAAAAGGGAUACCUAAUUGGACUCUUACAGAAAUGCUUAUCCUUACGUAAGGGCUUUUGGGGUUUUUUUACUAUUCAUAUGUCUCAGUUCUGUCUGUGGAGAUCAGUUUAAUGGAAUAGCGAGUGUAGGGGUUUUAUGGGGAAGGUAAUGUAAUGGUAAAUUAAGGAGAUGGUUUUUCAGCCCAUGUUUGUCAAGGUUUGGGCUUGUGUCCAGAAUCUUCUUUCAGAUUAUUUCGAAAGCUAUAGAAGUUGCAGGAACACACUUGAGAAGACAGCCCUGAGAGGGAAAAGACAAAGAAUAAAUAUUUUCACAAAGUAACCCAAAAAGUAGCAAUUGGAACAUCAAUGGGAAAAACAUUACAGCACAUUGGUACUACCCUGGUGAAUAUUACUUGCAAGGUUAAUACUGUAUGCCUAGUUAACGAUAAGUUUUGCCAGAAUGGUUAUGUACCCUGCCGUUGUCUUUGUUUAUAAAUAUGGUGCUACCUUGACACUUCUUGCUACUGACUAGGUCAGUUGGUAAACAGGUAAAUGAGCACUUGUACCCUGGAUUUGUCUUAAAAGUGACAGGCUGUAGGACUGCAGGAAACACUACUGAUGCAACAUGUAUCAGACAAGUGACAGAUAUAUCAGAUGUUGAUGGCUGUAAAAGGACUGAAGCGGUAAAAAGUGAAACUGCUAGACAUCACAUAAGAGGAAAGCCUUCAAAAGUAGGGCAAACUGCUGUAAGCCAGGAGAUGUUCCAAAAUACCAAAGCAAAUGAGAAAAAAAUGAUUAUGCAAAAACAAUUCUUGUUUGAGUGCUCAUGACAUUUGCUGUGUCUUCCAGGCAUUUAACUCCAUUUCAUCAAUACCCUAGUCUGACAAAUUUAUAGUCCUGUAACCUGUUGUGGCAGCACUGAGACUAAGCCCUCCAGAAAUUGGCUGAGCAAGCUGUAUUUGGUAAAGGAUGAGGAAGCUGUUGUACGACUGAGCACUGUAAAAGGUCAAAGUUUUUUUUUUCCAGUGCUGCCACUUUCUAAUGAAUGUGAGUUUGUGAUGUUCUUUCUCGAAGUUCUAAAAUUUGAGCCUAACACUACACUUUGCUUGGAGGAUGUAAAAUUUUGGCAGGUGGUGUGAAGCAUCAAGUUUAAGCUGUAGCUUGGUUUCAGAGCCAUGCAUAGAAGACAUACUUUCCUUCAUAAAAUUGCCUGCUUUGUGAAGAAGAAAUGCUCUUUGGGCUGGCUUCUUUUCCCCCCUUGUAUUUAUUAGUGUCCAUUUGCACUAAAACCUGAUCUCAUUCUAGGUGUAACAGAGCUUGCUGUAGCUGUCUCUGAAAACUGGGUAAUUAGAGAUGUUUUGUUUACAAGCCCUGUUACUGGUGAUAUGAAACUUGCUUUAAUGAGAAAUAUCUCUGCUACAAUUUGCAAUGUCUUUCUUUGGGGAUUGUGUCCAUAUCUAUGAUUAACAUUCUAAGGGAGUUUGGUUUUUUUGUUUUUUAUUGCCCAGGAUUCUACUGAAUUUGUUUUCACAUCAAAAUGUCUGUAGUCUCUAAACCUUGAUCUAUGAUUAAAAGCUGUAUAUAUAGUGUAAGAGUAACACUGUGCUGCUGCUAUUUAUUAAGCAGUGCAGCAUCAUGAUGGGACUUUCAUCUUGAGGUCAUUUUUGUUGUAAUUUUUCUCAGCUUGAAAACAUAUGAAGAGCGUUCUGGGCUUUGCUUCCUUUUUCUACAGACUUUUCCCCACCUAAGUGCUUUGUUAUUGGUGUCCAUUCCUGAACUGGAGAUACUGGUACUGAAAAAGAUCUGUAAAGUCACCUCUCUGCCUUGGCUUCCCUAUCUAUGAUUACAUACUGCUGAUACUUUACAGAGGAACUGAAAUACAGAGCAAGUUAUUUUUAUGAAAAGGUGCCACAAGGAGUUGGUGCCAGGAGAAGUGACUCUGACCGAGAUCUCCUGGCACCCACGAUCUGACCAUUAGGCCUUUUGAAACAAAUACUGGCAACCUUUGCAGAAUGGUUUGGUGGAUUCUCUUACUACAUACAUGCUGGCAUCCCUGGCGUGAUUUGGGUUGUUGGAGUGAGGGGGUUUUGGCAUGGGUUUUGUUUGCAUUUUAGCUGUUCCAAGUAGGGAGUUUAUACCCAUUCUCUCACCAACUGACUGAUCAAUGUAUAGAUUUGAGGAUCAGAUUCCAUCUCUGAAAGGAAUGCAAGCCUUGCCCCUCAGCUAAUGAAAACGAGAAACGAUAGUCUUUGGGAAACUGGUUAGUUGCUUUCCCGAUGCCAUAGGUGUUUACUAAUAGGAAGAGUCCUGCUAUACUUUACAACAAUACAUAUUGCUCCAUUCCAGAUACUGUUUAGCUGGCAUUAAUCUGGCAUGUAGUAGUUAAAUACUACAAGCAAGUCUCAUAUUAGUUCUAGGUUUAAGGCAAUUGCUAAAUCGUUGCUUCCAACCCAGUUGUUGGCUGACAAAGCAGUCUUUGCAUGGUGGUACUAUUAAUCCUAGGCUUAUAAGUAUUCGUUCUGUUUUAAAAUAGUUGAGAAGCAGGUUUGCUCAUGUGUAUGCUGCUCUUUGCUUCUGCGAGAUUGUUUCCCUAACUGCUUUAUCAGCUCCCUGAGAUAAAGGGGCAGGUGUGUGUCCCUCCUGGCUCCUCUGCUCUCCCAGGAUAGGUCAGGGAGAGAGACACAUCCUUGUUGCCAUGGCUGAGCACACUGGUCUCCUGCAGUCUUGACAUGCCUGCUUCCAUGCUUCUGGUGUCGGAUCCAGGCUUUGCGUGUCCGUCUUUUAAUUAGACUGAUCCCAGAGAAUGGCGUUGGAGCUGGAUUAAGCAUCUGGUUUUGCAGGAGCUCUGCGUGUGGCUGGAUGUCUCUUACCCCUCCUGUGCUCUGUCAGCAAAGCGGUCUGCUGCUUUCCCAGCCUGCUUCUGAUCAAAUCAGCCUGCUUUAGCUAAACCGGCUAUUUAAAUUGCUUACAUUAAGGUGGCUGAUUUUGACUGAAGUGGAUUAGGGAUUGUUCAGGAGAGUGGCGGGAGCUCCAGCAGAAGUGCUGUUACAAGGAACUGCCUUAAAUUUUUUCUUCUGUUUGUUAAGUAACCGUCUCUACAGUCUUUAACUGGUAGUAAAACCUGUGGAAAGAAGCAACAGCCCAGUAUGUCUAUCUGGGGUUUGCCUUCUCCCUUCUUCACCACGGUGCUUGGCAGCGGGGUUGUGAGCCUGCUCAGACACAUUAAAAGCUUUCGUCUUUUCCAGCUGAGCCCAUCCAAAAAUAUUUAAAGGCUCUGCACCCACUUUCGGGCUUUGUUUAUAGUGCCUUGAGAAUCAGUGGAGAGGAUUCUCCAGAACAUGCGAGGACUUGUUAAGUGGCUGGACUGAGAGUUUCUGCUCAAAAUCUGCACGGGCAUUGUGUAGAUUGUGAAUGUUAAUUGUUGUGUUUGGCGUUUAGCCCACAUUAAAAUCACAAUGCUACCAGUGCCCUUUGGGUUCUAAAUACGUGAAGGAAUUGUGCCUUGCUGCUUGCACCCUGUGCUUAAAAAUAGCAGGGAAGGGUUGUGGUCUCUUACAAUUAAGUUUUACCUUUGCACCCUCCAACUUGAAAAAACAGUGAGCUCUCUCACACAAUUCUCAGAGCUCUGCACAAGAUGUUUUUGCAUAAUGGCCAUCAAGGUGACUCUCAUUCAAAUUUGUGCAAUAAAAAUACCGAGCUUUCUACGCUGAAGGGGAAUACUUUGUGAAAUUUUUGAAAGGUUACAUAAAAUUGUAACGAAUUGAGAUGCUGGUAGUGCCUUUAAGAUGGAAAUUCAUCUUUAUUUUAGUCUAUUGCUGUAAGCAUAAGCAGUUCUCUAGAUAUUAAAUUUUAUGCUGUUCAGAAUGGUCUAUCAUUUUUAAUACCUUUGAGAAUUUAAAUGACUCAAUGAUUAUUAAAUCAGGAUGAUAAUAGAUUUUAUAUAUAAAAUAAAAAUUUUAUACAGUUUUGUUGCCAGUGUUGCCUUGAAUUUCCAUUUAAGUAAUUUUGAAAUGCUUAAGUAUUGUUUCCAUUCUCAAUCUGUGGUCUUUUUUAAUGUAUUAUGCUUUUUUUGUCUGAAGAACUUUCUAGAAUAUUUUGUAAUCAUUUUUUAAAUAAAAUAUUAGUAAAUAACU